AUGAGGCUCCAGCUGGAGAAGCAGCUCCUCUUCCUCUCCCUCCUCUGCAUCCUCUCCAAGGUGUGUGCCCAGCUGUGCCGGAGGCCAUGCUACUGCCCCUGGGUGCCACCCCGCUGCCCCCGAGGGUCCCCCCUGGUCCUGGAUGGCUGCGGCUGCUGUAAGAUCUGCGCCCGGCGCCUGGGAGAGCCCUGCGACUUCCUCCACGUCUGCGACCAGAGCCAGGGCCUCGUCUGCGACUACAGCACGGUGCCCGCGGGGACAGGAGCCACCUGCAACUUUGAAGAUGGUGAGGAGGGCUGCGAGGUGAACGGCCGGGUCUAUCGAGACGGGGAGGUUUUCCAGCCCAGCUGCAAACUCCAGUGCCGCUGCCUGGAUGGGGGCUUCACCUGCGUCCCGCUCUGCCAGGAGGACGUCCGGCUGCCCACCCCGGACUGCCCCUACCCACGGCGCGUGGAGGUCCCGGGGAAGUGCUGCCCAGAGUGGAUCUGCGAAGCCCGGGACCAGCACCUUCUCCGGGAUGCUGGGGCAGCUCCUGGGGCAGCAUUGCAGCCGUACCCCUGCCAGGAGUGGGGCACGGAGUGGAGCGCCUGCUCGGCCACCUGCGGCGUGGGCUUUUCUACCCGCGUCUCCAACCAGAAUCGCUACUGCAGGCUGGAGACUCAGAGGCGGCUCUGCAUGGCCAGACCCUGCCCGGCUCUGCCAGCAGCAUCCCCGGCG